AUGAGCUCGUGGUCAUCAAGCUCAUCGUCGAGCUCAAUUUCUGCGCAAAUGGAUCUGCACCUUGCCGACACCUAUAUCUCCAUUCCUUUAGGCAUAUUCAUUGGCCUUCUCGCUUCAUUCAUCCAAUCUCUCGGCCUCACAAUCCAGCGAAAGAGCCACGUUCUCAACCAGCAACUUCCAGAGCAUGAGCAGCGUGUAGAACACCGCAGACCUCUCUGGCUACUGGGCUUCACCAUCUUCAUAUCUUCCAAUAUCCUGGGGUCACUAGUGCAAAUAGCCUCGUUGCCAGUUGUCAUUCUUGCUCCUCUAGGCGCCGUAUCUCUGUUAUGGAAUGCAUUCUUCGCAAGAAUGCUUUUGGGAGAUGUCUUCUCUCCCUGGAUGAUCCUUGGAACCCUUCUCAUUGCCGGAGGAGCCGUCCUCAUUGCCGUUUUCGGUAUCGUCCCCGAACCCACACACUCAUUAGAGGAUCUGCUUGCCCUUUUCAGGCGACCUCCAUUCGUUGCCUACUUCUCUACUCUCGGAUCCGUCGUCUUCGUCGCUCUCGUUGUUAGCCAUAUAGUUGAAUACUCCCUCUCGCGCCGCACCACCUCGUAUGAUACUCCAUUGGUCACAACAACACCAGUGGUUCAUGCUAGCCUACCAGAGAACCCGUCUACCCUUACGACAGGUGUGACAAACACACUUAGCGAAGCUAUCACAACCGAAAGGACACCUCUUCUCACCCGCAAGAACCGCACAUUGUCCUCUGCAUCAUCCACUAAUUCAUCAUUCCUCACUGGCUCUAAGGGAGCAUCCAUUCAGCGAACGCGGCUUCUGCUAGCCAUUUCUUAUGCUUCAUUCUCUGGCAUCCUCUCGGGGAUGUGCUUAAUAUUCGCCAAGAGUGGGGUGGAACUACUUGUGCUAUCGUUACGAGGGCACUUUCAAUUCUGGCGAUGGGAGUCCUGGGUUCUAGUCCUGGGGCUCGUCGUUUUCGCCCUUCUCCAGCUCUGGUACCUUCACAAAGCACUUGUGUUGGCUGAUCCGACCCUCGUCUGUCCUUCGGCGUUCUGUUUCUACAACAUAUCUUCGAUCGUCAAUGGUCUCGUAUACUACGACCAGUUCUCCAUGAUCCCGCCUCUCCAUCUCGGCCUCGUUGGCCUUGGUAUGGCCGUACUUCUCAGCGGCGUCUGGGUCGUCAGUAUCCAGUCCUCAGAUGAUGCGGCUGAAGAUAGUGAUUGGAGUGACGGGGAGGUUAGUAGCUUGAGUGACGUCGAAGUUGCGUCCUCCCCACGACAAUUACAACCAUCCACUCGAGUGGAUGACGAUGUCGAAGAAAGCAAUGACGAAGACGCAGAUGUCCUAGCGGAGCGAUUGGUCAAGUCAGAGUCUAAUAUCGCAGAAAUAGCGCCUUCCCUUGAUCAUGCUGCCGCUGCACAGCGUCUUGGCUUUGGACGACCUCCACGGCCAGUGUCUUCUCACAGAGAGGGCGACACUUCCACUCUAUUGCCCCCAACAUCCUCUCUACGACCCUCUUCUCAUGCGAGACAGUCAUCUGACACUAUACCACUUUCUCUCGAUACCUCCAAUCGGUCAAGUCGACAUCGUAGAAGGCCAACCAUUGAUACCUAUACAGGACCCUUCCGUAACCACGGCAGUAAUAAACAUCUUACCUCUCCACGACAUGCCAACACUCUAUCUCAUCUGUCCCCCGCGGUAUCCACGCUUAGUGGAUUCCAGAUAGGGUUGUCUCCUGUGAGUCCUGGAUUCUCUAUCGUCCCGAGGGAACGGGGCCCUAGGAGAAUCAGCGGAUUGGGGGCUUCUUUGGGCGAGGAAUCUGGGCAUGAGCGGAGGCGACGGACAGUGAGUGAAGGAGACUUCACCCGAACAGUGGCAUUGUUGGGCGAAGACGAACAGCGGCGCGCUGAUUUGGCUGAAUCUGGAGGACACGCUGAGCGCGGCGACGAUUCAAGUGACAACGAGCGACGGGCCCAAGGAUCUGGAACUCUUGAUAGCGGCGCAAAGGGCAAGGGUAAGAUGGGUAGCCGACCAGCGAAAGGUCGAUGGAAGUGGUUGAAGGGCGUCUUCAUGACGCGUCGGGACUGA